AUGAACCUCAAUUUUAUUAGUCAAUUGGAAACUAAUGAUGUCACAAUGAUGUAUUUUGACAAAAUCUUAACCGUAUCGGCAAUAUCAGCUAUAUCGGCUAUGUUGGCUAUUUCGGCUGUUAAUCAUGCUAGUACUGAAUUUUCUUCACAAAAUAACAGUUGUUUAACAUACAUAAAUGCUUCAAUCUCGAGUCCAAAAAUAUAA